AUGGCCUUCAACUGCAUAAUAGAUGCCUCAUCUUCUCAAAAUAAGGCGUCAGAAGAUAGUGCCGAGGCAUCUUCGUCUAGAAACAAGGCCUUCGAAAACACAUUCGAGGCCUAUUCAAUCGACUACGAGACCCCGCCAACUUCUCCCGACGCCUCCUCAUCUUCAACGAAGGCCUCCUCCGUCGAACGUGACCUCAACGCCGAGUUCGACAGGCUCUUCUGCUCCUACUUCAAGACCGUCGAAACCGUAUCCCAGCCGAAAAACGUCGAGCCCCCCGUCUACCCUGUCUGGGACCGCUUCUGCUUCCGAAAGCCCGACGUCGGUAUGCAGCACGCUCAGCUCACCAAAGAGCUCCUCAUGCGAGAAUGCACCGGCAAGCCCUUCCCCAUGAUCGAACAGCAUGGCCCUGAUACGACCAGAGAGAGAUUCGGGGACGAGGUGUGGAACAUUCACGACUUGAUGCAGCAGAGUCGGGACAUGAAAAACCCACCGGAGAUGGUUGACGGGGUGGUGGAUGAGCUCAACGCAAGGGGCCCGCCGCCGGGAGAGAUGAGCAAGUUCUUGAUCAAGAUGAUGAAGGAUGAGGCGCGCUAUGUUGGAAAGAGGCUGUAUGAGCAGGUCUGA